CCAGGCAAGCUCAUUUUGCGUUUUCCAGGGAUUUAACUCUCGCCAACUCACUGAGUCACUCCGACUCGCCGCGUUCUCUACGCCUUCCACAACCGACCACCACAUUCUCUGCCUCUGCCUCUUCCUCUUCCUCCGCCACCUCAGGAAUGACAUGAUUCGUGAGGAAGGCCACCAAGUGAGCUCUCUACAUCCAUAAUAUUGAAGCCAUGGUGAGCAUAAGAAGAAGCAAACGCUUGAGACUACGCGCUGAGAGUUCUGUUCUAGCUCCAGUGCCGAGGUUUUGUGACAAGGGAACUGCUCCUCAAAAUUCUACACAAACAAAACCAGAUAGUGUGCAGUCAAUUCCUUCAAAUGAUGCGAACCUGCCGGAGGGGAAUGCGACUCAUACAAGGGCUUCCUCUGAGAUUAUCAGUGUGUUGAGAGAGCCAGCUGUAGCAGAGAGAGUUUUGCUGGGCUUACUUGGCCCUGAUGAUACCAGGAUUAUGCAGGAGUACAAUGACGAUGGUUUGAAGCAAAACUUAUCCCACCAUGCCCUUGCUGCCUGCCAACACUUUGCCAUGUGUCUAAGGGAGAAUGGAGAGUCUUCCUUGGCCUCCAGGGAGGGCAAUGAAGCCAGAGCUCAUGUUGCAGAGCUGGAGGAAAGAUUUAGAUAUGUUGAGGAGAUUCUGAGGCAUCAUGUCCAAGAAUAUGAGUCUAAGCUGAAUGGCCUGCAAAAUAAUGUUGAUCAGCUGAGGCAGAAGGCUGAUUUCUGCGAGAGGAAAUGGAAGGAGCAGGAGGCCUUGCAUCAGGAGAAGGCCACUCGUUUGGAAGAGGUUUUGGGGCAGCUUGAGGAAGCUAACUCCAACCUUGCCAAAGUCACUCAAAGUCAUGACAUGGCCAGAACACGUAUCGAAAAGCUGACUGGUGCCCUCACUCUAAACAGGAAGCUCUACAAUCAGGCUGAGGUUGAAGUGAAGAAGUGUCAGCAGGAUUGUGAAAUGGAUAGGAUCCUUGGGGAAAUAGAGAAGGAUGAGCGUGCGAAAAAAAGGAUUGCUCUGACCACCGAGCUCAAGCUGAAUGAGGACUUCCAAAACCAAAACCAGAAGAAGGAAGGUGGGGUCAUCCCAACGCUGGAGCAAAACAAAGAUGUUAGUAAGCAGGUCAUAGAGGCCAAAGACGUCGAUGGAGAAGUGGAGGCCCAUAAUCCUUCAACGUUCUGGACAGUUUGCAGUAGCUGCAAAUAUCAAUAUGAGUAUGGCAGGGUUUAUGUAAAUUGUCAUCUCCGCUGCAGUAGAUGUCGAGCAGGUUUUCUGGCUUUAGAAAUUUGUCGACCACCUCCAAUUGUUAAGUCAUCCAGUAACUCUUCUGACCAGCAACAUCGGAGUUCAAGACACCUUGUUGAUACGGGAAGUUAAGUAACUGCUAGUGGCAAGCCCUCGUAUCCUGGAGCGGUCUCCCCAAAGGGCCUUGGAGGAAGCUGAAAACCAGCACAGACCUGGAUGGAGAGGGAUCCGAUGAUGCAUUCCAGGAUGAAGAAGCGGAGGCUCCCGGUGCUCUAUCUUUGAGUUGGUUUAGAAUGAGCAAAAAAGAGAGAGGGCGAGGGAGUAGAGGAGGGAGGGUUACAUAUUUCGGAAACUUUUUUGUUUUCUUGGCCGAUCUAACUAACGACAACGCUCUCCUAGCAAUGCCCUUUUUGUAUGGUCAACUAACAAAGCCCUUUUUU